ACCUGAGUUCUGCUGGUGCUGAUGCUGCGGUCUUCCUCUCGGUCCGGGAUAACUGUAUACGCUCCGCUGGGAUCUGUCUACCGAUACCGAUAGAAAGUUGACCACUGUCCCGAUAACGAAGGCAACUUUCUUCUCAGGGCAAAUUAAAAGUCUCGUUUCAGAUGAUGUGUUUCCAGGUGAGGAUGUUGUUGUGGCCGGUUUUGCUGCUUCCUGUGCUCUCCUCAGCUCAGCGAUCAGAACCCAUGUUCUCAGCCGUAACCAAGACCGUCCUCCCUCCCGACUAUGACAACAACCCAACCCAGCUCAACUAUGGCGUGGCCGUCACAGAUGUGGAUGGAGACGGAGACCUGGAAAUGUUUGUAGCUGGCUACAAUGGCCCGAACCUGGUGUUAAAGUAUGACAAGCAUAGGAAAAGGCUUAUCAACAUAGCGGUUGACAACCGUAGCUCCCCGUACUACGCCCUGAGAGAUCGUCAAGGCAACGCCAUCGGAGUGACAGCAUGUGACAUAGACGGAGACGGUCGGGAGGAGAUUUAUGUCCUUAACACCAAUAACGCCUUCUCUGGUCGGGCAACGUAUUCUGACAAGCUGUUUAAGUUCCGCAAUGGACGUUUUGAAGAUCUGCUGAAUGAUGACAUUAACGAACACAGGGAUGUAGCCAACCGUAUGGCCGGGCGCUCAGUGGCCUGUGUGGACAGAAAGGGUACAGGACGUUAUGCUAUCUAUAUAGCUAACUACGCCAGUGGCACCGUGGGCCCUCAUGCGCUCAUAGAAAUGGAUGAGGCUGCGAGUGACCUGUCACAGGGUGUCAUUGCCCUCUCCAAUGUGGCAGAGCAGGCCGGAGUUAACAAGUUUACUGGAGGGCGAGGUGUUGUCGUGGGGCCCAUUGUAAGCCAGACCUUAUCUGAUGUAUUCUGUGAUAAUGAAUACGGACCCAACUUCCUGUUCAGGAAUAAUGGAGAUGGAACGUUUACUGACGUGGCGCAGCAGGCUGGUGUGGAGGAUCCCAUGCAGCACGGCAGAGGCGUUGCUCUGGCAGACUUCAACCGGGACGGAAAGACGGACAUUGUCUAUGGAAACUGGAAUGGACCACAUCGCCUGUACAUGCAGCUGAACAACCGCAAGCAGAAGUUCAAGGACAUCGCAUCCCAGAAGUUUUCCAUGCCGUCCCCUGUCCGCACCGUUAUUGCUGCCGACUUUGACAACGACAACGAGCUGGAGGUGUUCUUCAAUAACAUCGCCUACAGAGGCCCUUCUGCCAACAGGCUCUUUAGAGUCAGCAGGAGAGAGCAUGGAGACCCCCAGAUAGAGGAGCUGAAUAUCGGGGAGGCAUCAGAGCCUGAGGGACGAGGAACAGGAGCUGUGGCGACAGACUUUGAUGGUGAUGGGCGCCUGGAGCUGCUGGUGUCUCAUGGUGAAAGUGCAGCACAGCCACUGUCCAUCUACAAAGUCAACCAUGGUGCUGCCAACUCAUGGCUGCGUGUGAUUCCUCGGACCAAGUUUGGUGCUUUUGCCAGAGGGGCUAAAGUGGUGGUCUACACAAAAAAGACCGGCCCACAUACACGCAUCAUCGACGGCGGCUCCGGGUACCUGUGUGAGAUGGAGCCUGUAGCCCACUUCGGCCUCGGUAAGGACGUGGCCACAAAUGUUGAGGUAUACUGGCCUGACGGUCGCUCAGUGGCCCGACCCCUGGAGCCCUCGGAGAUCAAUUCUGUUCUGGAGAUUCACUAUCCAAAAGACGAGGAGGAAGUCACUCCAACCGAGGAGAUAGAGUGUGGUCAUGGCUUUGCUCUAAAUGAAAAUGGCCGAUGCACUGCGCAGGUGGCUUACUUUGGGGGGACGCGGUCAUCAGGGGAACGCAAGUGGUCAGGCCUUUCCCGCUGGCUGCUUUCGUUCUGUGUUCUACCACUGCUUUCCACUCAUCUGCAGACCGGACUACUGUAGCUGCUGCUGUCCUCUCUCCUCUGCUGAAUUGGGGAUGUACAGAAACUCUUAAAGCAAACUUUUAUCAGAACCAUCUUCUUCAUCCUAAAAAAAAAACA